UCUGUAUUACCUAGUGUAGGUACAGUUAGUAAACAUGCAUUAAAAAAGGGAAAAAAAAUAAAAUUAGAAAAAAAAGAUUAUUUAUUAAUUCCUUAUCCAUUUAUAGCUUUUUUAGUCGGUCUUAUUGACGGAGAUGGUUAUAUUCAAAUAACUAGAACAACAAAAGGAUUUAUAGCUAUAAAAUUAACCAUUUGUUUAAGUUUAGAAGAUAUUUCUACUUUAGAGUAUAUUCAUUCUGUAUUAAAAUUAGGGAAAAUCACAAUUUACCGAGAUUAUAGAAACCCUAUUUGUAAAUUAACUAUUAAUAAAACAGAUUUACAAGAAGUUAUUUUUCCAUUAUUAAUACAUCAUGGUAUAUUUUUUUUAACUAAUAAUCGAAGAGCUCAAUUUGAUUUAGCUAUGUUUAUCUUUAAAAAUGAUUUAAAAUUGUUUGAAAAAAUACCCGAUAAAGAAAUACCAACUUUUUUUAAAUUACCUAAAACAGCUUUAGAUUAUCUUAAUUUAGCUUUUUUUAAUAAUUGGUUAGUUGGCUUUACUAACGCUGAAGGUUCUUUUUUUAUUAAAAAUAAUAAUGAUGGAUGUUUUCAAUUAAAACAAAAAGUUCAUGUUCACUUGUUUGAAGCUUUUAAAUUAUUAUUUAAUACUAAACGAAAUAUUUCUAUUGAAAAGGGGGAGUUUAUGCAAUUUUCCCUAUCUUCUAAAACUGAUAUACAAAAAGUUAUUAAUUUUUUUUCCUUUUCAGGUUUUCAUCCUUUAAUCGGACUAAAAUUUAUUCAAUAUUUAAAAUGGUUGACAAAUUUACACGAUAGUAAUCGUUACAAAAUUCUUAAUUUUCCUGGCUCUUUGACCCUUAAGUCCCCAAGCCCGAUCCCUGUCCUUUUUUUUGAUAAACAAAAGGAAUAG